ACUGAUCACUGAUCACGGAUCACUGAUCUCUGACGCUCGUGAAUCGACCAGUAUACUAAGGGAUCUCUCCACAUCCCCCACUACGAGUACAUAGAGUAAGGUACUUCACAGGAUCACAGUCUCUUGAAGCGCCACAUUUCCUGACCACCUCGUUGUCUCCUCUCCUUUACUUCUCGUCUUCCUCUCUCAUACGAACAUUAUGGGUCAAGCCGAGUCUACCGUUUACCACUCAUUGGAGAAGAAUUCCAAUUUCUCCGGUCCUGAACUUCUCAGACUCAAAAAGAGGUUCAUGAAACUUGACAAAGACGGAUCUGGAUCUAUUGACAAGGAUGAAUUUUUGCAGAUACCUCAAAUUGCGAAUAAUCCUUUGGCUCAUCGUAUGAUUGCUAUCUUUGAUGAAGACGGGAGUGGAACAGUCGACUUUCAAGAGUUUGUCGGAGGACUGAGUGCGUUUUCUUCCAAAGGAGGUAGAGAGGAGAAAUUGAGAUUCGCUUUCAAAGUCUACGACAUGGACAGGGAUGGGUUCAUCAGUAAUGGUGAACUAUACUUGGUGUUAAAGCAGAUGGUGGGGAAUAAUCUGAAGGACCAACAACUCCAACAAAUCGUAGAUAAGACCAUCAUGGAGGCGGAUAAAGAUGGAGAUGGGAAAUUGUCUUUCGAGGAGUUUGCCGCCAUGGUUGAAAAUACGGACAUUGUCAAACAAAUGACACUUGAAGACCUUUUUUGAACGAAACUUCAUAAGAUUUGUAUCAUAUUUCUACAUGUACAAUAUGAAUCCUUCUCUCUGUUUCUCA